AUGCCGCAGUAUGACACCGCAUCGCUGUCGCGGGACGGCUCACGGGGACAGGUCGGCGGCGCGGCGGCGGCGGCCGGAGCCCUCCCGAGGCGGGUGAAGGUGGUGGAGGUGGGGCCGCGCGACGGGCUGCAGAACGAGAAGACUAUUGUCCCGACACCAGUGAAAAUCAGCCUAAUCAACAUGCUGUCAGAGACAGGGCUCUCUGUGAUAGAGGCCACCAGCUUUGUUUCCCCCAAGUGGGUUCCUCAGAUGGCUGACCACACUGAAGUCAUGCAGGGGAUCAAUCAGUUGCCUGGUGUCAGCUACCCCGUGCUGACCCCGAACCUCAGGGGCUUCCAGGCCGCGGUGGCAGCAGGGGCCAAAGAGGUGUCGAUCUUUGGAGCAGCAUCUGAGCUCUUCACCAAGAAGAACAUCAACUGCUCCAUAGAGGAGAGUCUGGAGAGGUUUGAGGAGGUGAUGAGGGCGGCGAGAGCAGCCGACGUGCCCGUCCGGGGAUAUGUUUCCUGUGUCCUUGGAUGUCCCUAUGAAGGGAAGAUCUCUGCAGCUAAAGUUGCAGAGGUCUCCAAGCAGAUGUACUCCAUGGGCUGCUACGAGAUCUCCCUGGGGGACACCAUCGGCGUGGGGACCCCGGGCAGCAUGAAGGAGAUGCUGACCGCGGUGAUGAAGGAGCUGCCGGCUGGGGCUCUUGCCGUGCACUGCCACGACACCUACGGGCAGGCUCUUGCCAACAUCUUGGUCGCCCUUCAGAUGGGGGUGAGCGUGGUGGACGCGUCGGUCGCCGGCCUCGGGGGCUGCCCCUACGCUCGGGGGGCUGCGGGGAACGUGGCCACGGAGGAUCUGGUGUACAUGCUGCACGGCCUGGGCAUCCACACGGGUGUGGACCUGCAGAAGCUGAUGGACACGGGCACGUUUAUUUGCAACGCUCUCAACAGACAGACCAACUCCAAGGUGUCCCAGGCAUCCUGCAGGCUGUGACACUGAGUCCAGUUUCUCCUGGAUCAAGGACCCGGCGCUGGGCAGGUUUCCCCUCGGAUCUCCUGUGCUCCUGCAGGGCUCAGCACUGCAGAGGAAAUGCACAAUCCACCAGAAUCUAUGAAGAAAUGGAAAAGACCUGAGAACGCUGCGUUCAGCCUUGGAGCUGUUGGCCAUUUCCUUGGAGAAGGGCACAGAUGGGCUGAGGGAGAGGCACUGGCUGCAGCACUCUCCUUGUGAGCCCUCUGUCUUCAGCACCAGCUCAGAGCAGCAUCUGGUGACUUCCACCUCCAGUGUUUUGCCAUAAACUACCAGCAAAGGCUGAGCCACAGCUUUUCUAGGUAGGGCACUUCUCCAGGUCAGGCUGCACCCUUCUUCCCUUCUCUCUCUCCUCACUACUAAUGUUAUGACUGACAGGAGACUCCCCUUUGUUACUGGGGUGUCACAGGGCAGCCUGGGACCUUGUCUCUCAGCGGGGAGGGACGGUAACAAGGGGCUGUAUCUGUUCUAAGAUACUUUUAACUACCAAGAGUAAUAAAUGCAUUAUUUAAUGUUAUAAACUAUUAGCAACUUAACCACUUAAA